AGGUGUAUACAAGGGCCGCACGAAUUAAUAGUUACAGAGAGAGUGAAAGCGCGCUACCGAGUAAACACUGCCCUGAAACACACAUCCAAGGCAUAUAUCGACGCGGGUUUAGUAAGGAAGGAACGGCUGGAAAAACCUGAAAUAUUCACAGAGAGAGGUCUCGCCAAACAUUACGGUGGCGUCAAUACAGAGUUACGGUGGAAGUUGGAGGACACAGGGCGUUGUCAUGAAUGUAAAGGACCAUGUGAGUAUGCAUCCACCCAUACCAGCGGCUCCUAAGUACUCGCCACUUCACCAUAGGCAUCAUGACCGGGGAGCUGAGAUGAUGAGACGCCACUGCAUGAGCAAUGCUCCGAGCAAUCUCUUCGGAGGUAUUGACGAGGGUCUCUUGGCUCGGGCAGAAGCCCUAGCUGCGGUCGAUGUCAUGUCCUCCAUGGUCAAAAACAACCAGACUCACAUGAACAUCAAGAACGACCAUGUCUCCAACUACUCCCCUCACCACAUGAACGGCGGCAUGCACCCUGCGUCCCACCACUACGGUAGCGGGACAUCGUGCGCAUCUCGCAGCAUACACGGCCACAUGGAUCAUGGGGAGUUCCUGGAUCAAAUAUCGGCGACUGCCUCGCUACCUGGAGCCACCAACACCAGUCUCUCCGGGGCUGACAUGCAGGGGAUGGUGGUGGCUUCACCCCACCAGAGCUUCGCUGCCAUGUCCGGCCAGCCCGGUCAUUUCAACACGGCCCACAGCAUGAUGUCACAUAACAUGACUAUGCACGACUUGGACACUGAUCCCCGUGAGUUGGAGGCGUUUGCCGAACGGUUCAAACAGCGCCGAAUCAAGCUUGGGGUGACCCAAUGCGAUGUGGGGAAAGCCCUGGCCAACCUGAAACUCCCCGGGGUGGGGUCUCUCAGCCAGAGCACGAUUUGCAGGUUCGAAUCGCUGACCCUAAGUCACAACAACAUGAUCGCGCUCAAGCCCAUCCUGGCCGCCUGGCUGGAGGAGGCAGAGGCCGCGGCCAGAGACAAGAGAAACUCGGCGGGAAUCCUCAACAGCAUGGAGAAGAAACGCAAGCGGACCAGCAUCGCUGCUCCGGAGAAGCGCUCACUGGAAGCUUACUUCGCCGUGCAGCCCCGGCCAUCCAGCGAGAAGAUCGCUGCCAUUGCAGACAAACUGGACUUGAAGAAAAACGUCGUACGGGUCUGGUUCUGCAACCAGAGGCAGAAACAGAAACGUAUGAAAUUCUCGGCACAACCCAGAUGAGACCCUUGAAAAACUGAACAUCAACUAUAUUUAUAUUAUUACCAUAAUAGGUGAAAAACAGUAACAACGACACCCAUGAUGAUGAACUUUCACCUUUCACGGAACCGAUCAAUCAAUCAAUACACGCAGGUCGUCCCCGGACACGGGCAUAGAAGAGAAAAGUGCCCAAAGCAAGGCCGAAAUUUGGGCACAAUUCACGAUCAAUCCGAACAAGUAACUUCUUGGAAUCGUUGGCAUCAAAAUCUUACGUUUAAUCAAAGACGAUUUAGUUUAAACCUUGAGGGUCCACUUAGUCAGAACCCCGGGCUGGGACCUGAUGGGCAAACUGGCGUGAACAUAUUUUCAAAAUCACUAUACUUUCCAAUUUGUACCCAAACCAAAACACCGCCAUUGAACAAAGCAGCUAAUAUCAAGGUUUUGGGUAAAACAUCCUAAUUAGUUUUGUCAACACAAAGCUGAAGAAUUUAUAUUUCGUAAUAUUGUACAGAAUAAUAAUGAUGAGACUGGCUCAGCUGGCUUUGAGGUUGACGCUCGAUGAUCGCGCCAUUUUCUUCUCUUCUUUCCGAUCAAAGAGGCCGUAAAGUCCUUGAUCACACACCACCAUGACACGGUCCACACAAUGAGUACAACUUGCACCGUAAAGCUGUUGCUGUGAGCGGAUCGAUUUGCUCACAAACGCCCGGCGAGGCUUCGGUCUUAUACCGGGGAGUGUUAGUAGAUAUCACGCUAGGUUCGGGCAGUAACUUUAUCGAUCUAAUAGGCUUUCUGUAAAAAAAAAAAGAAACUGUGCAAGGCAAAAAAGCAAUCAUUACAUAGAAUUUAAUUACAGAAUUUUCAUUUCUUUUCUGGCAAGCUUGUCAAAAACCAGUGAUAUUUCAUGCUCAGGACUUUGCGAGCCUGUUUCUAAAUUGAAGCGACAGUUUUCAGUUGAAUUUUAAUUUCCAACUGGUGUUUAUUGGUAAUUUUGCAACAAACAACAACAUUUUAAUGGUCAUUCAACCCCCCCCCCCAAUUUAAUGGAUCACCAAUGAAUAAUCUUUCGCAAACAGCAAGUUUUUUAUCAGUUGUUUGAUGAAAACAUCACCUUAAAGGAGCGAAACUGCAAAAUGUCACAUUAAAGUAGGCUGCGUUUUCAUUUUGCUGUUUUCAACGAUGUCUUCAUGCAACAUGAAAAUCGAUCAUGUUAAGAUUAACUGAUGUCGGCCCAGCUAUUCGAAGAAUUGUGAAUGUAUAUCGAUAAAAGUGUCGCUGAAGUUAAUGCCAUAAGUCGCUUCACUUCACACAAUGCAGCUUGAUUUAUGCGACGCUUCACGAUGGAUUAUGAUAGGAAAGGUCUCACUUGUACAUCAGACAUAAGCUAAGGGUUUUAAACUGCAUCACAGAAAGGAGUUCAUUUUGGGCUAAAAUUAUUCGUUUUACACCACUGUUUUUACUGGUGUAUAUUUUACACUUCUUCAAACACAUUUUCAUAAUUUAGUAAAGAGCAAUUUGUGUUCGCAUCCAUACGUUUUCCUCAAGUCAAGUGAACAAAAAUAAUUAUUUAAUAACUUGAGUUGUUGGUUACAUACUGAGCCGUUCGGUAAAUAGCAAAGUGUCAGACACACGCACAGGAGAAGGUUACCAGUCUAACUCGAUAAAUUCCCGCGUUAUCUAACUAGCUUUGACAUUCAAUUCAAAGAUUGAAUAGCUGUAAUGUGAUUGCUGUAUAGAUUAUUUCCUUAGCCACUAUAUUGCGUCAAUUUUUCAUCUCAAUAAUGCCAUACCGUGGCCUGCAUACUAUAACCGUGUUAAUCAGCGUCGCUCUCGCUAUUUUGCCGUACAAUUGGGUAAUUUAAUUGAUGACGGCGGCCAUUCGAGUUGGCGCGAUGGCCGGCUCUGAGUCAUUCCGUUCGUCCCAUAUAGAAUACACUAUAACCAUUUCGAGACGCGAAUGCAGAGACAACAGCAAAUUUAUCAUUCGCAUCUGCUAACGAGUUUCGAGGAACGCCAGUUUGGAAUCCUUGAACACGCUUGUUUUUAUUUCAUUUUUUUGGAAGGGUUGAUGUUUGAUUGGAAAUGACCCAGUUGGUGUGGAUAUAACUCAUAAUUGUUAAGAUCCCGCCAGCUCGCAGGAAAUUCCAUACGAUUAUUGUUUUUGACCAGGCUCCAUGCCAAAGCACCGGCCGGCCGUAUCAUUUCUAAUUUACCACUGGCUAGGCUCGAUCUAUCGACGCAACCAAGCGAUGGAAAUUACCCCGCGGAGUAAGAGUGUGAUUGACUCAGCCGGUCAUGCGUUGCAGUCGAUUCCUUGAGGAAUUCUCUUCCUCCUUAAUUCCCAUCUCCUUGCCUCGGCGCAGGCUAUCUCUUCUCCUCAGUUUUCUAUCUUUACCUCAUUUGGGACGCUUGGGUCGGCACGGAAAACCUAUUUCCCUCGUCAACGGAGUGUGUUAUCCCCGACGUUGACCAGCUCAAGAUAAAUCAAACACCUUCUCCACUCGAUAAUUUCAUUUGGGAAGUCCAUUUUCUUCUCUGCCUUCUCUGUCUCUUUGCAUUUUGAUACACAAUCCAGAUGCGCCAAACUGCCAACGCACGCUCACGAGAAAAGGCAAGCGUAAAACGCACAACAAGCCGCCGGUCCUGCCGAAAUUUGUACCGGUCGGUUUUCCGUGCAUCUUCGGCACGUUGCUUCGCAGCCUCGUAUAUACCGAUGGGGCUUUCCCCGCGCUAGUUGAUGAAAUAUUCACGAUGCUAUCGCCCUCACUUUACCGACAGUCAAGUUUGUAUUAAUUAUUUCCAGGUUAAACUAUCACUUCGGUUACCAGCAGACGGUGCGUUUGGCAACCUGCACGGAGCGAUGUAAAGCUAAUGUACUUCAUUUCGACACAUUCUGUUAUAUCAGAUUCAAAUAAAAAUGACAGCUGUUACAAAAAAAAAUCACCUCCUAUAUACUAACACAUCUUAAAUAUUAAUAUGAAAAUAAAAUUGUGUUUGUAUGGUUUGUUGCUGUUAAACAGUUUCAGAAGUUGGUCGUUAAACCUUUCCUGUAUCAGUGACAGGAUUGGAUAUGUCUGCGGGUGGUACUUAAUUAAGAAGUUACAUGCGGAGAUUUUGCAUAUUCAUAAUGAUGCACAUUCACACGAUGAUGUCAAAUUUGCAACAGAACCACCUGUUUGAUUGAAUUAAGAUUAUUUUUUGAAAGGCAAGAUUGUCAUGAAUCUUCAUGGAUUUCAAAUUUCAAAAUACAUCGAUCUAUUUUUUGAAAAGAAUGGCAAAGUGGGUUGUAAGCAAUCCCAGAUAAUUUCAGAUCAUUUCUGUUAUCCGAUAAAAUGACUCGCAAUCAGCAUAAUAUCUGAUCAUCAUAAAUCCCCUCGACAAAAAAAAUAACUUCUGAUAAAAUUUGAGUACUGAAUGAAAAAAGAAAAAAAAACUUACGGUCAGUUCCUCUAUUUUCAAAUGUCAAACAUGUGUAAAUACUUUGUAAUGAAUUAUUUAUUAAUUCUGAUACUCGUUUGUUCUCGAGAUCUUUUUUUGUUGGCUGGUUUAUCAAACCAUUUGAAGUAUUGUUUAUGUAAAUAGUUAUUGUCGAUCGUAUAAACAUCCAAUUUGUUUUGAAAAUGGUUUAUUUGAAAUAAAAUGUAUUAGCCUGUUUAAAUAUA